AUGCCGCCCCCCGUCUCCGUCCACCAGCUCUACAGGCGUCUCGAGACUGUCGGCAAGGGUGCCUAUGGCUCCGUUCACAAGGGCAUCGAGAUUGCCACCGGGAACGUCGUCGCACUCAAGAUCAUCAACCUCGACACCGAGGACGACGACGUCGGCGACAUCCAGCGCGAGGUCGCCCUUCUCACACAGCUCCGUGACGCCCCAAACAUCACCCACUACUACGGCUGCUUCCUCGAUGGUCCCCGUGUCUGGAUUGUCAUGGAGUUCGCCCAGGGAGGCAGCGUCCGCACACUCAUGAAGGCCUGCAAGGACGGCGUCGUUGAGGAGAAGUACGUCUCUCUCAUUAUCCGCGAAGUCCUCGCCGCUUUGAGUUACCUGCACAAGUCCUCCAUCAUCCACCGUGACCUCAAGGCCGCUAACAUCCUCGUCACUGCUACUGGAAAGGUUAUGCUCUGUGAUUUCGGUGUAUCUGCCCUCCUGGUCACGGCGUCGAGCAAGCGGAACACACUCGUCGGGACGCCCCACUGGAUGGCUCCCGAAGUCGCUCAGGGUUCUGCCUAUGACACAAAGGCGGAUAUUUGGAGCUUGGGAAUUGCGAUAUACGAGAUGGUCAAAGGCUCUGCGCCCAACUCGCACAUGAUGGAUCAGGCGAAACUCAUCCAGAUGCUCCCGCGGAUGAAGCCUCCGCGACUAACUGAGGGCGAAGGAAGCAAGGAGAUGAGAGAGUUUGUCGCGCAUUGCCUGAGGGAGUCUCCCAACGAUCGUCUCAAUGCCGAUGAGCUAUCCAAGACGAAAUGGAUAAAGACCGUAGCCAAAGCCCCGGUCACGCCCCUGAAAGACCUCAUCCUUCGGUAUGAUACAUGGACGCAGGGCGGCGGGACGCGUGCCAGUAUUGCGGACUCACUGCCAUGGGAACAAGAAGAGCAAAGAGAGUAUAUGUGCCUCAGUUCGCUUCCCGACGUUCACGUAGAAGACCGUGACGACUGGCAAUUUGACACCGUGCGCGGGCGUCCAUCAUUAGACGUGGGGCAACCAGAUCCAGAUACAAGUCUGUUCGUCGCGGACGACGACUCUUCCUCCUACCCUACCGUGAGGCCACCACCCUCAAAGGUGCCGCCAACCCUACGCAUGCUCUUCGAAGAUGACAGCGCCGGCACUGCCGCAGACCCCUUCCGGAUACCUGGUCUGGACCAGUCCCAGACAGACUCGCUUCUCAGCUCUCUGUCUCCUGCUCGUGGUCGCAGUCCAUUCAAGCCUCCCGCUCCUAUAGACGUGAACGCGGAGACUCCGGAUACUGCUAAGCAGUCAGACUUCAACUUUCCACCGCCGAGAACGUCGACUCCCCGCGGGAAGUCGAAACUCGCGCAGGCCUCUCGCAAGGACGACGGAGAUGAACCUCUACCAGCCUUGGGGCCAGGCAUCCCUCUCGGGAGCUCUUCUGGUCCGUCGAGCGCGCCAGCUCUCGAUGGGGGGAGGUUGUUUAAGCCCACUUCCAAUUACCGGGAAGUGCGCUCCAACCGCGGGUUCGCCGAUAUCGAAAUCCCCGACCUCUCUGACGACUCCAUCUUCGACACCCCUGCAGAUCCCUCUGUCUCUACGCCGCCGAUUUUUCUAUCAUCCUCCUCUCCAGAACGUCCAUCCGAUCGACCUGCCCUCAGUCGAAAGCGAUCGGAAAGCAACGUGUCAAACUCCAUCCCUUCGCCAUUCAAGACCACCUCAGGGAAGGAGCGCACGCCUCCACCAUCGGCUGGCUUCCGUUUCCCUGCAGUCCCUGGCCCGUCGACCGAUGGAGGUCGCGGUGCGCCCUCUCCGCUCCCCAGCUUCGACUUGCCAUCGGGUCACCGCCGGCGGUCCCCCACCCACGCGAGCAUCUCGACGAUUGAUAGCAUUUCAUCGACUACGCACCAGAUGACCCACUCCGUCGACACUGCGCUCUUACCCAAGCGGCUCGCCUCGCCAGGAGGCUCAUUGCCCGCAUUGCCGAACAUGACGCGGUCACGCUCAGCGAUGGGUACUGCAGAAGGAACGAGUCCGGCGACAAAUGCUGAGUCAAGUGCUGAAGGGAGUGGCCUUGCGCGGAAACCAAGCCUGAAUCGGCUUGCGUCCGUAGCGGUGAUGGAGAGCGUGCACAGGGCGCCUACCCCUCCUACAAAGCCGUUCGCGCGAAGUCGAGAAGGGAGGGGUGGUAGCAUCACUGACGGUGCACAGUUGAAAGAUGUGCUGAAGAUUCCGACACUUACGUCCGAGCACAAGAUCGGCAUGCCAGACUUAUUGCCUCCAUCACCGUCCAUGAUCAACCCUCCUCGGCCUUCCCAUUCCCCUAGCCCCUUCAGCUUUCCACCGUCAGAUACAAGCCAGCGCAAUCUCCCGCUAUCCAACUCCGCCGCAUCCUCAUCAACAACUUCGUUGAGCUCACUCUCUUCGCAGAUGAACCAGUCUUUCAGCGAUGGCCGUCUCGGCACCGCAGACUCAUCCACUUCCUACACGCAAUCCAGCUCUCACUCGCGCUCGCUGUCACUCUCACACGGAUCCUUCCCGACACUGCCGCUCCCAGCAGACCUCACCGGCCCACCAUUACAGCCGCUCGACUUCGGCGGGCUAAUGCAAAGCCACGAGGCGACGCACGCCGCGCUGGCGCACACCGUCGACGACCUCGCCCAGUGGCUCUCCGUCGUAGAGGUCGGGCUCGCGCACCUGCUGGACAAGGGCAAUCAGAACACGAUCCAGGAAGAACAGGAGCAAGAUGCCACGGACGAGGACGACAUCCCGCCGUCGCUCCGCCAAGUGGCGCAGGUCGCCAACGGCGGGCCCUCCUAA